GUGGAAAGAAGAGAAGGAGAAGGAUAAAACGGAGAGGACAUCAGAAGUCGCGUAGGUGUCGUUUGGUUGUUCUUCCGAUUUUUGAAUUUCAGCUUCCUUUUCUCUAAGACUCGCCACGAACCUCCUCCUUGAAUUUAUUCUCCUUCUUUUCCCUUUGCUAAUCGGAUGAAAAGGGUGCGAAACUAGCUCACAGGGUCAAAUUUUGCGCUAUUUGAAUCCGAGGUUUAUAACUCUCAUUGGCUGAUUCAUUCAUUCACUCAUUUCGUAUCCAUGUCGCUCCGUAGACGGACUUUGCUUAAGGUUAUCGUUCUCGGUGAUAGCGGGGUUGGUAAGACGUCGUUGAUGAAUCAAUAUGUGCAUAAGAAGUUCAGUCAGCAAUAUAAAGCUACAAUUGGUGCUGAUUUUGUCACCAAGGAACUUCAAAUUGAUGACAGGCUUGUCACACUACAAAUAUGGGACACGGCCGGACAAGAGAGGUUUCAAAGUCUUGGAGUUGCAUUCUAUAGAGGGGCAGAUUGCUGUGUUCUAGUCUAUGAUGUUAACGUGAUGAAGUCAUUCGACACACUUGACAAUUGGCAUGAUGAGUUUCUCAGACAGGCAAACCCAUCUGACCCCAGGACGUUCCCAUUCAUAUUACUCGGAAAUAAGAUCGACAUUGAUGGUGGGAAUAGUCGAGUGGUCUCUGAGAAGAAAGCUAGGGAAUGGUGUGCUUCAAAAGAUAAUAUUCCUUACUUCGAGACAUCGGCUAAAGAAGACUACAACGUUGACGCUGCUUUCUUAUGCAUUGCCAAGACUGCAUUAGCCAACGAACACGAACAGGAUAUCAGAUAUUUUCAAGGAAUCCCCGAAACCAUUGUGGAGACCGAGCAAAGGAGUGGCUGUGCAUGCUGAAUUUAGGAACUGAGAGACUCGGGAGCUCUCGUUCCCGGCCUUUUGGUUCGAAUUCUUACACAAUUUUUCUGGCAUUGUGAUUCAUAGCUAAUCUUUUGAUUGCAGACCACCACCCUCUGUUCCAUAACCUAACCAGAGAGACUUGAAUUUCAUGUUAUUUUUUUGUUGAAGAAAUUAGCUUUCUUUUUGGUUAGGUAAGAACUUCGGGGAACUCUGAGUUUGUAGGAUCCAUUAUUUCAAGGAUCCUCACCAAUUCAGUGUUCCUGAGUUAAUAGUUCCUUUUUUGUUUCUUUCUUGGGGUUGAGAAGAACACAAUGGUGAUUAUCUCAUGUUCAGCUCGUUUCUUUGAUGUAUUUUAUUCUUAAUUCUCUUGUGGC